AUGGCAGCCUCAGCGUCAGUAUCAAUCGUUUACGUGCCUGCAGAUUGCGGCUCUAUCAUCCCAGGGAAAUCCAAAGCACCCAAAGCAUUUCAAGACGUCGGAAUCGUCAGUAAACUCAAAGAAGCCGGCGUACCAUCUGUCUCGGAAUAUCAUGCCUUGGAAUCGCCAGCAACUUAUAUCGCGGCAACCUUUAGCCCUGGCGGUGCACGAAACGAGGAUGUCAACAUUUCAGUCUGCGAAUCCGUUGAGCGUACUGUCAGCAGUAACCUUGCUUCUUCAUCUGAUAAACCGGAUUUCCAGCUCAUCAUAGGCGGCGAGUGCUGUAUGCUUCCAGCUAUUCUAUCUGCCUUUUGGAAACGUGCAGGUUCGCAGUCACCUCCUCGACGCGUUGGCUUGAUUUAUAUCGACGCUGACACGGAUUUGACUUCUCCAACGGAUCCUGGUUCGAUCGGGACAUUUGCUGGAAUGAACAUGGCACAUCUUGUUCGACUACCGGGUGCACUUUCGCGAAUGGAACAAUUUUCUCGUCCAUCGGGCGAACCAGUCUGCGAUUCCUCCAACACUGUCCUUUUUGGCACAAACAUGUCUCUGCCGGGCAACAAGCCCGAACAUUUCAAGUAUCUUUUUGAUAACAACUACAAGGUCGUCAGCUCAGCGUCCGUGGCGAAAGAUCCAGAACAGCGGGCGAGAGAAACGUUGGAGUAUCUUGAGGACAAGGUGGAUGUGAUUAUGGUGCACUUGGACGUUGAUUCGAUUGACCCGGGGACGUUUCCGCUGGCGAAUGUGCCAAACUUUACUGGUGUUGAAUUCGAGGAGAUGAUGAGGGCGUUGAAAGUGCUACUUGGAAGUGAUAGAGUUGGUGGGCUGACUGUGGCGGAAGUUAACCCUGAUCAUGACCCUGGAUUGGGUAUGAUUGAGAGGUUGGCGUCGCAUAUCGCGAAUAUACUUGCUGAGCGAGGAUCGUGA